AGGCCAAGCCAGAGGAAACUCUUCAGUGGGGGGAGAAAUGGGGGCAUUCGUACGGGUAAACACGCUUCCUUGAACACUGCGCAUGCGCGGUUACCUUUCACAGUCGAUGAGAGGCCGUUGGCGAAACUUACGCUAGGGGCAGCAGCAUUCGAGGAAGUAACUGUGACGACAGGCAGUGCCAGUGGUCGGUCCUUUUUGGAUUAUUUCGUAUUCAUUCAGUUUCAAAAGGAUCUCUGUGUCUUAAAUAUUCAGGAAUGUGAGGGCUACACUGAUUAGUGCAAGGUGGAUAUAUUGCUCUAUUCUGUUCUGGGACAAUGUCUCGUGCCAAAAAGGAGGAGUACGAGAGACUCAGAAGUCUGAUCAAUCAGUGGAAUGAUGACCACUACGACAUUUUCGAGCUGAGUUUGCCAAACGAGGAUUUGGAAUUCCAUGGAGUGGUGAGAUUUUUCUUUCAAGGUGCGGUUGGUGCUAACGUGAUUACAAAAUGUAUCCGUGUGGCCAGCACCGCCACCACAAGGGAGGUCAUCGAUGUGCUGAUCGAAAAAUUUCGACCGGACAUGCGGAUGCUGUCGCAGAACAAAUAUGCCCUAUAUGAAGUGCAUGUCAAUGGAGGUGGCACCCUAAAGAUCUACGGAGAGAGUCUGCGUCCGGAUGUCCCGUACAAGACGCUGUUCCUGUCCACGGCCGACCCAGCCGCUGCUGUGGUCAGGGAGGCCAUGGACAAGUACGGUCUGGAGAAGGAGGACUCUUCUCUCUACUGUCUGGUCGAGGUCACAUCAUCUUCCAGCUUCGCCAGCGAUCAGCAGACUACAAGAAGCGCAGCAAGCGGCCGCGGGCCGUGUCACAUGAAGAUCUGCGCAACCACCAGAGUGACCAGAGGCACACAAACCUGGACAUGCUGCCCUAUCUGGUAGAGGUCAAUGUGAGAGGCAAACCCAAGAAACACGUGCUGCCCCUCAACGUGACCGAAGUGGUCAAUGUCAAGGAAGUGGCCAACAACAGGACCGACUACACAGGGAAACACUUCUUGCAGCUGUCUGGCCCAGACAUCCGUCCCCGGCACGGCGUCAUCGCCCACACGGAAGGCAUCGUGACUGUGACCCCCAACAGCCAUGACGCCGAGACCUACGUGGAGAGGCAGCGCAUUGACCAGACCACCAUGCUAAAGCACGGCAUGAUGGUCCAGUUUGGCAAGGACCACGUCUACCGGUUCCUUGACCCUCGUUUCGAACAGCCUUCCAUGCAGAACCAGCCAUACCAGCUUCCCAACAAACCCGGCGUGCGCGGCCAGCCUCAGGAGACCAACUUUGACGUGGAUGGACACAUCGAGACUGUGCGGGGACCUUCGCCUGGGGACGGCUCUAUGCAGUACGAUGGCCAGCAGGGAAGGGGUGUCCCCGACCGGUCUCCCACUUCCCCGCAGGCUAUGUCGUCCCCAGACAAUCUCCUACCUGCCUCUGUGGAGUUCUUCAUGGAAUCGGAAAGUCGUCUUCUGCAGGCGUCUAUCUUGGAGGUGAACAGCAAACAGCUACAGUUCAAACUGGCUCCGACCUACACACUGUACCUGGCGGCACGCCACCUCCUGGCUGCUGGCUCUCCCAUGGCCCACCGGCCACAGAUAGUAGCCGAUUUCGUCAGCCGCACUGCCAAACUGACCCAACAGGCGAUACAGGAUCAACACAAUGACCCCCCGUCCCUGGCUUUCUGGAUGGCCAACUCUUCGGAGAUCUUGCACAUGGUGAAACAAGACCGCGACCUUCACCCCUGCAGCUCUGAGUCCCAGGAGAUGCUGGCCGAGGCCGUCCAGAUGGCCUUCCACCACCUGGUUCGAUGCCUUCAGGGGGACUUGCAGCGUGUCAUGUCGGCGUUUUUGGAUCCCACCGACGAUAAUGUCAAUGAUGAGAUGGGCCAGCGCUACAACAUGGGUCGCCCCACCCUGAACGACGUGCUCAACACGCUAUCGGCGGCCAUGACACUGCUGCGUCGUUGCCGCGUCAACGCCGCGCUGACCAUCCAGCUGUUCUCCCAGCUGUUCCACUUCAUCAACAUGUGGCUGUUCAACAUCCUGGUCACCGAGCCCCAGCUGCAGCUGUGCACGCGGCCCUGGGGCGUCCGGCUGAAGAGCCGGCUGGGCAGCGUGGAGGCCUGGGCGGAAAAGCAGGGGCUGGAGCUGGCCGCGGAUUGUCAUUUGUGUCGCAUCAUACAGGCUGCUCACCUCCUGCAAGCGCCCAAGUCGAGCGCUGACGACAUCACCAACAUCAGCUCCACCUGCUUCAAGCUCAACUCCAUGCAGCUGCGUGCACUGUUGACGCGUUACUUACCAGAGCCUGGGGAACCACACGUGUCGGACACGUUCAUCGAGCGUGUUGUGUCCAUCGCAGAAAACAUGGCGGAUGAGCUCACUCGCACUGACGGGCGGGAAGUGCGACUGGAGGAAGACCCUGACCUUCACCUUCCCUUUUUGCUGCCGGAGGACGGCUAUUCUUGCGACACAAUCCGAGGGAUUCCAAAGGGCUUGCCGGAGUUUGUUCAUUACCUGGAGACUGAAGGUAUCUGCCGGUACACGGUGAACAACAACGCCUCUGGCAGCUGGACGGUAUACAUGGGAGAUGGUGGUCCGCAGGAUAUGAAGGGAGGGCCAGUGAGCCCCGGUCUGCCGGCCACGCCAGAGAUCAUCACACUGUCCUUUAAUAAGGUCAAGGGCAGCAUGGGACUCAGCAUUAUUGAGGCCACGGGUGAGGGCCAGACGGAACAAGGCAUCUACAUCAAGUCUGUGGUUGAGGGUGGGGCCGCUGCUAUGGAUGGGCAAUUGCAGGCAGGAGAUCAGCUGUUGGAGGUAGAUGGGAAAUCUCUCAUUGGACUCUCACAAGACAAGGCAGCUGAACUGAUGACCAAGACGGGUCAGGUUGUGCGUCUGAAGGUGGCCAAACAAGGAGCCUUCUACUGUAACUUGAGCAACCUUCUGAGUCAACCUUCGCCCACCAGUCAGAGAGCCAUCCACAAUCGUGGGCCCGGUGGGAUUAAAGCAGCCAAAGAUGACGGGCCGCCACCUCCUUACGAUGGACUGGAUAACAAACCUGUCAAUGGAUAUGACCAGGACAACAGACGGAGAGGUCCUGACCACGGAGGUCAUCCGUCUGACCCCUACCAGCGUCGAGACAUCGGGGACCCACGCUCCAAGUCCACCUCCAACCUGCACGUGGACACAAACUUUGACCCGCGCAGUGGGCCGGCGGGUGAGCCCUCCCACUUGCGUCCCGCGCAGUCUGUGGGCAUGCUACACCCAUCCUCCCCCGGCUACGGCCAGUACUCCCCGGGGGGCCGCAGACAGGACCUGCGACCCAACGAUUACGAGAACCAGCCCCACUACCCGCCCUCCCAAGGGUCAGGGGAGCGCUCGUCGUACGACGGAGGACCCCCUAGACAACAGCAGCAGCAACAGGGGUAUAAUUUUGCCGAUCCCCGACAGAACAUUCCGGGCCCAGGUAGAGGAAGUAGUAGCCAGUACCCGCCUGGCGGUGGUGGUCCACAGGGUUAUCCCCCCCAACAGGCCCCGCAGCAGCGAGCUUCAGACAGAUCGUCGGUUUCGUCGAGGGCAUCUUCAAACAGCGCCAAGGACGCGCGGCCCCAGUCGGCCUACUUCGACCCCCAACACACGCGGGACGUGAACAGCAUGAUGCAGGACGGUCCUUCCCCCUCGUCCCGUCCGCGGUCUGAGGACGUGUCGGCGGGCAAACUGCGAGAGUGGCAGGACAAGUAUGAGGGAGGAGGGGGUGGAAACAGCCCGCCUUACAGCAACGUGGGACCCCAGGCCAGAGACCUGCCCCCUCAGCCACAGCACAACCCACCGCCCAAACCCACAGCCCACCAACGACUGUUCAGCCAGCCCACGGGCGGUGGUGGUGGCAGUGGUGGGCCCCCACAGAAGGUGAACAACACGGCCAACAACCGGCAGCCUAACUUUUACGAGAACACAGCGCCCUUACAGCAAGAACCUUCCCCAGCAUUCCAUCAGCUGCACCGGCCACCCAGUGACAGCGAACUGCGGCCCAAAGUGGCCCCUAAACCGGCCAUCGCUCCCAAGCGGAACCAAGCCCGAGUACCCCCUGUGGAGGUUCCGCUGAUGCGAGUGGACAACCGGCAGACGCAGCCCCACUUCUUCGGCGACCGCCAACCCCCGUCCCCGGCGGGACAACAGGGCAGUCCUCACAUGGUACAGCAGCCGGGCCACCCACAGCAAGCAGGGAGGGGUCAGCCAGACAGCCGGGGUCAGCACGACCCGAGGCAGGGGAUGGACCCCAGGAAUGGUCAAGACCCUAGGUUGAUGUCCGACCCAAGAAAUGGUCAGGACCCAAGAAUGAUGUCAGACCCCAGGAACGGUCAAGACCCCAGGAUGAUGUCGGAUCCAAGAAAUGGGCCAGAUGUGCGGAACAACAUGUCGGAUCCUAGGAACGGCCCAGUUCACGACCCAAGGUCUAUGCCAGACCUCCGAAGCAUACCAGACCCGCGCAAUGACCUCCGAAACAUGCCCGACCCUCGCAACAUCACAGACUUGCGAAAUGUUCCCGACCCACGGAACGUCGUAGACCCACGGACUAUGACCGACCCACGCAAUGUUCAACAGCAGCCUCAGCGGGGAGGAGGAGGCUACCAGCAGCAGCAGCCUGACAUGCGCAGCGGCGGUGCUAAUAAUAGCAACGUACCAUCUCCACACUACCCUGACCCUCGCCAGGGAAGAAACGCCCCACAACAGAACGUCAGCUUCCGUCAAGAUCCGAACCAGCAAUCGUACGGAGGCUACCCCCAGGACCUGCCGCCUCCCCCGAGCCAUACGGAGCUGCCCAGCCCUGGCCACGGUGAGGACUACCAGGAGGAGCUCCCUCCUCUCCCUCCCCCACCCUCCCAGGAGGACCUGGUGGAGAAGAAGCUGGCGGAGGAACAGCAGAAGUUGAUGGAGCACAUCAAUGCCACCAACCAGUACCUGGCCACUGACAGCAGGGGAAAUCCAAGGUACAGUCCAAACACGUUCCAACCAACACAACCAUCACAUCAGCAGCCACAGUAUCAUCAGCCCCAACAGCAACAGCACAGUCGCUAUCAGCAACAGCAGCAGCCGCAACAGCAGCAGCCGCAACAGCAGCAGCAGCAGCAACAUCAGCAGCAGCACUCACUGACCCGAGUUCUCCCCCCUGGAGUGGACACGAGAGACUCCCCGCUGGGCUACCAGGUGGCCCCGGACCCGAACCAUGGAGACCCCGAGCUACAGCAUCCCAACUACCAGAACAUCGGCUUCGCCAACGAGGUCCACUCCACGUCGGGCCCCGACGGCCAGGCCCCUCCGGUGCCCCAACCCCCGUCGGAGUACGAGUCCUACGACAACCCCGCUCUCAAGUCACAAGGCUUCCAGGUGAAGCCAGCUGUUCCAGCCUUGAAACCCAAGCCUCGGGAGCGCAGCGAGGGCUCGUCACGUUCGGCGUGGGAUCGGGACGCUCGUGAAAAGGCUGAGGAGGAAGAGCAAGAAGAACUGUUUAGGGCCAGAGAGCAAGAGAUCUCAGAGCUGGAGGCCCGUCCGUACUUAAACCCUCAGGACCAAGAGCGGCUACGCAAGUUGAAAACGCAGCAAGAGUUUCAGAGACGUGUGCGAGAGAUUGCUGAGAAAGGAGACUACGAGUAUGAUGAUGAUGAUGAUCUGACGGAGAGAAUUUUUACACGGGAGAGGUUAAUACAGAGUCUCAGGGAAGACUUGGAAAAGUCCCGUAACCGCAUCCGAGAUUUUGAGUUGUCACAGCAACGAGCAGACGUAGACAGAGAACAAGAUAGGCUGCAGCUGCUUGAGCGACGGCUGGAAAUGUAUGAGAAAGACAGGGAGGAGCAGAAGCAGAGGAUGCAACGCAAGCAGGACCGGAGAACCAAGGAACAUCAGGAGCAACUACGCCAGCAGAGGGAAUCUCGUGAGAAGCAGCGGCAGAACUACGAGGAGCAGAAACGUCAGCUGAUGAAGGAGGAGGAGAAGCUGAAUCAGAGGAGGGAGGAAGAAUUAAACAAGCGCAGGCAGUUUGAGAGAGAGCGUCGCCAGGACCUGCAGGAGCAGCGGGAGGCAGACGAGAAGCGAAUGCGGGAGAAGAUCCGCCGCGAGGACGACCAGUACAUGCAGCAGCAGCUGGCCCUGGAGAAACAGCAGCGAUUGGAUCAACAGCGGCCGGUCCGUGUGGCCGACAUGAGGCGACGACUAGACUCGGCAGGGACAGAGGGUCAACAGGGUCAAGUUCAGUCCCCGACAGGAGGAGGAGGAGGGUACAGCCAGUACGCCAACGUGUCGGGUCUCCCCGCCAGCAGUGUUCCGCAGCCCCAGGACGUCUCUGGGCUGGCCCCGCCCCCACCGGAGAGGAAGUCGUCCUACGACACCUUCAGCCAGCACCAGCAGCGAGCUUCGUUCCGCAACAGCAACAGUCAGGAGUUCCCUCCCCCACCUCCUCUUUCGGCGGGUGGCGGCAGCAUGUCGACUGCCAGUUCAUCAGCGUCACUCCCGUCGGCCAUGAAAAACUGGCAAGAGCCCCCAGCCCCUGCGAAGAAGUCGGUCUCCUUCAAUACUCAGAUGAACACGUACAAGGAGCGAACCCCUAGCCACUCGGUCUCUUCCUACAAGUCGCCCACAGGGUCGCAGUCCUCCGAUCAGGGCAUCCCGCCGCCAAACUUCCACAAUAUGGAAAACAGCGAAGUCUUUGACUCUUCUAACUUGCCCUCCCCGCCCCCACCCCUUGUUAACAGCACUGGCAGCGGCGUGGGGAUGGAGGGGAACAGCAACACAGCUGUUUACAACAGCACCAACAGCUCCACGCCCAACGUGAUCGGAGCGCAGGAAGUGUACCGGGACCCGCGGUCGCGGAUAGAAGCAAGGAUGGCCUCUCAGUCGACUUCGCGGGCCAGCCCGGGCACGGACCGCAUGUCCUUCCGCGAAAAGAUGAAGUACUUCGCCCAAGAGGCGGGGGAGGACACCAUCAAGUACAAGCCCAAGGCUUCCAAGACGCUCCGCAGCAUCGAGUCCAAGCUCAACGGACAGUGAGACAACUAUUGGACAGACAGUGAAUGGACCGUUAGAAAACCAAUCACAUUGAAGGGACAGUGAGAAAAAAAUGACAUCAAAGGGGAAGUGGGAAACUAAUGAUGUUGAAGGGAAAGUGAGAAAAUAACGACAUUGGAGGGAAAGUCUGUGUGGAACAUUUAGGUAUUCGCUCUGUUCACUUUAGGGUUGUGACUACAAGGUUACUGUAAACCCUUCGGUGUUGUGUGUGCAGGAGCUAGAGGGCUGGGUGACUGCCUCAGGAGAUGGUUCCUUGAUGUUGUAGCUAGCUGGAUGUGGCCGUUGUUGAAGAGAAAACCAGACUUGCCGACUGUCCUGAAUUUCCCGCGAUGGUCCCAGAUUGGACAGUCGGGGGGAGGAAAUUUGAGAGCCCAAUCACAUAUACUUCACCAAAACCAGUCCCACUUAUGUUGUUACAUAAUCUGGUGUUAUAGCAUGGGAUAUCCCUGAUUGGGUUUUGACCAAGUUGUCAAGCCUCCUGAAAUGGCACCUUUGUGUUGUUGUUAAGAACAGGAUGCAUAUAUGUAUAUAAGCAAUAACCAACGUAAUAAACCUGGUAAUGGUAAGGAAAGUUUGACACCUCUGGUAGUCAAGUCUUCAAGUGUCAACGUCGCAGCUUAUGAAAUAGACGGUUGAAUCAACACCUGAGGAAAUGUUUGGACCUCAUAAAAGAAAAAUAUUUUUUUGGGUGUUGUAGUCAGUAUGUAAAAUUAAGGAGGCUGGCUGCCCAAGCCUGAGCCCUGCUUUGGUUGUGACCUGUAAGGUUGUGAUGUCCCCAGGCUAGCUUCCUCUUCCCUCCUCCAUCAGCGACAUGCUUUUGUUUGGGGGGAGGGACAGAAGUGUGUAUGUAUCGAAUAUACCAAGAAGUAACCUUUACUAUAAUUUGGCCACUUUUGUCUGGUGAUGAAGUUCUUGCUGCUCGUGUACGCCCUCGCGAGUUGUAUGGGCUCUUAUAGGUUGUGCUGUAUUUGCCAAUUUGGAAUGAGUCCACCCACAGGUGUCUCGUUAACACUUCCCACGUGAUUGACAUUUUUAACUCUCCAGACCUUCUUCCUUGUACGGCAGGUUUGAGCCAGGGAGAGUUUUCACAACUCUCUGUCUGCCUGGCUUGGUCCUGUGUUAGAUUUACAAUGAGUUCAGAGUUCAAGCCUCUUGAAUCAACUCGCACAGGGUUUUGACAGUUCGGAUUUCGCCGAUAGCCAAUCCGUAUUGGUAGGGGGGAGGGGAGUUGUGUCCUUUGAGUCUCUUAUGCAGGCUGCCUUAGAUGGAUGCCUGGGUGUAGCGCUUGAGCUCUUUACUGUUACCAUGCAGGAGAGCAGAGUUCCUUUCCCAAUCGGGGGGUAAUUUUUGGUUGAGUGUCUUGGUCUUUCUGUUUGAAUGUUGUAUCCCUCUAAGCGAGGGUUAACCCUGUCAAGCAGGGUCGGAAGCCCGUCUCCUUAACGAUAUAGAUUGUAAAAACACUGACAUUUAGAGAAAACAAAGGCUGCCUCGGGUGUCUGUAUGUAACGGACGGUACUAAAGGCUGAGAGGAAAUUUGCCUUGUUGAAUAUCUGGCAGCUUCCUCUUCACACACCCCCACUCCCCCCGAAUCGCAUGGCCCCAUGCUUGUUCUUGUUUUUUUGUCAACUGUUCUUAUGCAUCAACUAUGAUCAUUCCUACACAAAUUGUCUAUUCUUGUACUACAGAAGAGUUCUACAUACAACUAUUAUGAGAGUAACAAAAUGAUAAGUUAUCUAUUGUGUCACAGUGUACAUAUUUCGUUCCCUCGCCUCUUGGUUUUUUUAAUUUUAUGACAUUGUGAACUUCCUUGUCCUUUGUAGCUACACCAAGAUAUAACACCCAGUAGCUCCAUGUGCUCUAUGCAACCGUGUCUGUGCAUGCUUGUUUGUUGUCUGUGUGUGUGCACACAUGCAUGUGUGUGUACAAAUGCAUAUGUAUGUACACAUGCGUGUGUAUGUGUGACUGUUGUAUGAAUGCGUGCUAUGCAAAUCUUUCCUUGCUGUUGUUUCUGCAUGGUGUUGAUUGAGAAAAUGUCUUGUAGUGUGUGAAAUCGAAUAUUUGUACAGACAGAAAAUUUUGGAAUAUCCCAGAGCUAAGCGCUUUGUUUAAAGUACACUUAUAUAUAUUGUAGAGAUCUGUAUGUGGUCUUUGAGAAGCAAAUGGUGAGAAAGGGAAGGGUGUCUAUCUGUUAUCUCUGGGAUUCAUGAUGGGCAUGGGUAGGUUUAUAAAUGUUCAGAGUUAUGUAUCCUCAGCCGGCUGUUCAAAUGUACUAAGCCCAAAAUUUUUGAAACAUUUGUUCCAUUGCAGUUUCUUAGUCUGUGGUAUGGGUUGUCCUUGAGAAAUACUUUGUUAAAUCUUCAAGAAAAGAUUAUAACAUAAAGUAGGUAUGAGUAUUAACAGAAAUGAAAUGUACGUUUUUCCUUCUCUCCUGAUAGUUUUUACUUUUCGGGCUUAGAACAUUUGAAGUGCUGGCCAAGGAUAUACCGUGUUUUCUUUCUUUGUUUCUCCCGAGAAAGAUGUGGCCAACGUUUGUCUCUGGGAUUGACGUUUGUGAUACUUUCUGUGCAUGUUGAACUGACUGCAGGUCAGUGGUGGGUCAAGCUGACCUCUGACCCUGGCAUGUGUUUGUCAAUAUAGUAGUACAAGAACUGCUAGAUAGGUUUCUGCAUUCAUCCCCUUCAUUUUCAUUUUUAGAACAAAAAAGAACAAAAAAUAAAGCAAAACAAAACAAGCUGGAGGUUGGUAGCCCUAGAGGUUUCCUCAUCUCUCCAGGCUUGUGGUGUUGACUUUGCUUGAUGCUCGUGGUAGAGCUGCUAGUUGGGGUGCUCAAUACACAGAUAUCAUAUUUAUAUUUUAUGCAAAAAUGUAUUAUAGCCACACUUUUAUAGUCUAUUUUCUAUGAUAUUCUGAUGAUUAUGCCUCCCCCUCAUCCCCCAACCCCUUUCCACCUCCCCCCACCCCCCGCCCCUCUACUCUGAGACAGACAGACCCCCCUCCCCCCUCCCCAAAUCCCAUAGCAGCAUGUACAUAGAACCUUUCUGGCUCCAGCUCUCUCUCCAAUGUGACUGUGAGUGGAGAGCCCUCCUGAACAAAACGCCUUCUUCUUAGACUACUUGAAUUUCUUAAUUAAAGCUUUUUUUUUUUUUUUUUAAAUUCAUUUAACUCAUGUGUAUUAGCCAUGCCAUACAAUGUAGAUAUAUCAUGACUACUCAUAUUAAACUUGUACUGCUGAUUCAAGAGUG